UAUAAAUAUGAGCAACAAAGGAAUUAGAGUUAAAGGAUCUUUAGCUUUUGGAGUUAUCGGAGAUGAGCCAACCGUCACUGGUUUUCUCCUCUCAGGUGUUGGAGAGAGACAUCCUAAAUUCGGAGACAACUUUUUAAUAGUCGACAAGGAUACAUCCAAAACAGCAAUUGAGGAAAAAUUUAAGAUUUUAACCAAGAGAGAUGAUAUUGGCAUUAUCCUUAUUAAUCAGAGUGUUGCCAAGGAUAUCAGAGAACUCAUCACUGCUCAUGAGGCUGUGAUUCCUACAAUUCUAGAGAUUCCAUCUAAGGAUAUCCCAUAUGACCCAAGUGAAGACUCCAUCCUAAUAUUAGCUGCUAGGCAAUUGUACGGAACUGAUAAUCUCUCGGACAAAUUCUAG